AUGAAUAAAAAUGGCAAGAAUGUAACAAAAUCUAACAAGAAUAAGAAUGAUGAAAUAGGAACAGAUGGUGAACAAGUUGAAAAAGAUUCGAUUGACAGUGAGGGUUCUGGUAAUAACGGUGAGCCAAUAACAUCACUUCAAGCUGCCUGGAAUGUGACGAAUGCCAUUCAAGGAAUGUUCAUCGUUGGAUUACCUGUCGCUGUUAAACCCGGUGCCGGCAAAUAUUCUUUGAGUAGUAACAUUCGAGUGCAGUUCAUUCUUGAAUGCGACGAUGAGAAGAAUGUUAAGUGGUGA